UGACUCGGCAUGCUCGGGGAGAAUACGUAGACUCGAGCUGACCGAACACAACGUAUAGGCCGCUUUGAAGUAAUUUUUCCUCGUCGGUUUUAUCUGGAGCUCACCGCUGCAUCCGUGUUGCAAGGGUCUUGACAGCACGGAUACUACCCUGGAUGCCAAAUGAUCCUAGGUUAUAGGGAUCGUCACAAGGGUUCCCGCGAACAGUACCCACGUCCAAUGACCCCAGAAUCCCACUCUGUCGACGUAUAGAGCAUGUUAUACACUCGUAUAGUAAACGAGGGCAGUAUAGGAAGCCCGAAUCCUGCUCAUUCCUGCCUGAGGAGCGAAAACGCCAACUUCUAGACUUGAUAGGCCCGGCUGAAUAUAUAUCUAGAUUGUUUUAAAUAUAAUGGCGUCGAGCGGCGAGCCCAAAGAUCUGGCCCAAGAUCUAAUUAGAGUGAAGCUGAGCCCAGUGGAAGAGACGAUGAUCCUGACUUUAUGGAGCCGUGCCCGCGACGCCGCUUCCCCAAACCCCAUAUUGGGCGACAUUCAUGCCCAGAAGAUUCUAGACCGCGUCGACGCCGAUAGCUUCAGCCCGACGCUGUUCCCCCGCGACCAUCGGUACCACAACUAUAUCACCGUACGCGCUAAACAGCUCGACGAGUGGUGCAAGGUCUUCCUCCAGGCACAUGCACACGAGCCUGUUACCGUGCUACAUCUAGCAUGCGGGCUUGACCUGCGGGCCAUGAGGUUACAGCCGUGGUGCGGCGAGAACGUGCACUGGAUCGACCUCGACAAGGCCGAGGUCGUAAACCUGCGCCGAAGGCUCCUCCCGGAUGCGAUCCCGGCGGAGGGAGGCGAGCAUAGGGAGUGGGAGUACCGGCUUAUAGGCGCUUCGGCGACCGACGAGAGUUGGAUCGAGGAGAUACCGCACGACCGUCCAUUGCUUGUCGUAGGCGAGGGCAUAUUCCCCUACCUAACACCACAAGAAGGCAUGGCACUCCUGCGGAGGCUGGUUAAGCGUGCUGUGUCGGGAUGUGUUGUAAUGGACAUCGUGGGCACAAUAUUAACGAGCUAUCAUUCCUUCAUGCCGCUGUUCCGGGGAACGAGUGUACGGAUGAAGUGGGGUGUGGACGACGGCGAGGAGGUUGCGAGGGCUCAUCCGCGUCUAUACCUCGCCGAGGCAGUACUUUUCCAGGAUCUGUUGCCUGGGAUGUUCGCCUCCGCCGCACCACCUUGUCUGGGUUUCUUCACUCCGGUGUUCUCCCUGCUUCCGUCUUGGAAGACAUAUGGACAGUUGCUGCGGCUAGAGUUCUAGUGCGCUCUUAUCG